AUGACUCGCUCGGGAGAGCGAUACGCCUUUAACGCUGAGGAGCUCGAGGCCCUCAUGGUACUACGUCAGCGAGCCACAUCCCGACGUGGAAUACGUGAGGGGAUCAUCCACCAGCUUCUUGAUACCGAAGGCGAAAUCCAGCGAGUUAGCUGGGCACCCGGACAUGAAUGGGUCUAUGCGAUACAGUGUUUAGUGUGGCAGUCACAGUGGCUCGCCCAGUUACUUUCCCGUCUCGAUCAUGAGGAUGAAGAAGACCGUCGGGAAUUUAUACAGAUCUCAGCAUCCAUGAGGGAAUAG